UCAACACUUGAAAAUUCAGAAUCUCUUUAACUUUUGGUUCCUGUGAUAUUAAGACCAAGUCAAAGGCUAGAGAGAUUUCUCAGAAGUCAAGCACACUGGCUCUUCUUAUAAAGGUCCUAAGUUCAAUUCCCAGCAACCACAUGGUGGCNUCUAACCACCUGUAAUGAGGUCUAGUAUUCUCUGGCCAGCAGGCAUACCUGCAGGCAGAACACUGUAUACACAAUAAAUAAACAAAUCAUAAAAAAAAAAAAGAACAAGUCAAAUAAUUUACUCCAAAAGGAAAGCACUGGGGCAUGAAAAACAAUCACAUUUAAGCAAAGCCAAAGUCCAACAAUAUAGCUUCAAAUCUUGUCGUUUAGUAUUCAAGAUCUGUGACUCACUAAUGUCAUUCUGGCCUCUGAAGGGCUUAGCUCUUUCUUUCCAGCAGGGAAAGUGCAGUGUUUAAUCUCAGGUACAUGUCUUUGCUGCCUUCCUAUUAUCACACCUACCGAGUUCCCCUACAACCUCCACUGUGUUUCCACAGGAAUCCUUAGUUCUCACCAACCACUUUCUCUCCACUCCCAUUAUUCCUGGUUAUGCCUUUUUUCCAACAACCCCAUUUCUGCCUUCAUGCCUCAGUAGCUUUUCUGUUAUCCUCCUGUUUUGUUCCAUCCUAAUCUCUGCACUUAAAUGCUUAAUAACCUUGCUGAACACAUAGACCUUUGUGAUUAUUGUCUAUGCUAUUCAUCACAGUGCUCCUAUGCAAAGCAUAAUUAACAAUUAUUGGCAUUUGUGUUUCAGAUCAGGACAUGCAGACUAAGGUUANGGACUUGCCUCNAGCUGAAGAAUACAGGGAACAAAAGCCUGAGCAGACAGUGUGCUUCCUGGGUGAAGACACUGUCCCGAUUCCUACAGGUGCAGACGCCAGUGAGCAGGAAGGCAAGUUACAGACAACACAGAAGAGUGCCACAGGAAACAGGCGGUUCUAUUGCCAUGAAUGUGGGAAGAGCUUUGCUCAGCGUUCAGGCCUAAGUAAACACAAAAGAAUCCACACUGGAUUGAAACCCUAUGAAUGUGAGGAGUGUGGCAAAGCCUUCAUUUUAAGCUCAACUCUCAUUAUGCAUCAGAGAGUUCACACUGGUGAGAAGCCAUAUGAGUGUGAAGAAUGUGGUAAGGCCUUCAGUNACAGCUCAGAUCUCAUCAAGCACCAGAGAACCCACACUGGGGAAAAGCCCUACGAGUGUGAUGACUGUGGGAAAACCUUCACUCAGAGCUGCAGCCUCCUUGAACAUCACAGAAUUCACACAGGCGAGAAGCCAUACCAGUGCAACAUGUGUCCCAAAGCCUUUAGGCGUAGCUCACAUCUUCUGAGACAUCAGAGGACCCAUACUGGNGAUAAAGAUUUUUUUGUUCCAGAACCUUACUGGGAAAGUCAGAGUAGGGUGGAAAGCCAUUGGGAAAAUAUUGAACACCAAAAAGUACACACUGGUGAGAAGCCCUUUGAGUGCCAAACCUGUGGGAAAGGCUUCACCCGACCUUCAUACCUUAUUCAACACCAGAGAAGACACACGGGGAGGAAAACUUCUGUCACAGUGACCCCUNCUGUACAUUCCGAAGUUGGUGUUCAACUGUCAUUGAACUGAAGCCAUUCUGGAGUUCUUAAUGACUGCAGAAGUCAUAGGCUGGGGCUCUAUUUGAUAAUGUACAUUCUCAGAUAUUACGAAUCUGGCUAAGACUUAUCUUCUAUAUUCUAGAAGAUGACUAGGGAAAAAAAACUUAUUUCAUAGAAGCGUUGUCUACAAGAGUUCUCACCCAUUGGAAUUAAGNGGGCUUCCUGACUGUCAAAUUGCCUUCCCUUGUCCUGCACUUCAUAUCUCUUGAGGGAAUGGUUAUGCUUUGCGGGUGUUACUCUGAUCCUUCAUUAGGCUAAUGGGCCCUUCNNAUGUGGUCAGACUUGGAACUCUUAUGUCCUGCUUUGUGCCUUGUAUACAGGUGCUAAUAAACAUUUAUUAAAUAUACUGGUGAGAUUUCCUACAUAGCUCUGAAAACCCAUUAUCUGGAAAUUCUCACUAAGACCAUUUGUAUAUCUUUAAAAAAAAAAAAAAAAAAAGUGAUGUUUUAGGUUGAAUCAAUGUAGAACUGCUUUGUUUUUGUUUUUUGCCAAGUACCCCAACUUGGCAGGGCAGAGGUGAAGGUGAGGUUACUGUGUUAGGAUCCUUGAAUCCUUUACCUAAUUUAGGAAUUCUGUGAGAGUGCCUUAAACAGCUUUCUUAGCAUUAAAUCAUUGUGAAUGUGCCACCCAUGGAAUUCCACUAAUAUUUUUUUCCUGUUAAUUUUGUUACUCUUGAGAGAACAAAAAAGAAAAACAAAAAACAAAAAACCUUUCCUACUCAUGUAAUAUGAAAAUCAGUUUCAGAAUAAAGCAAUCAAUGUCUAAGGCUCAGCCUC